GUAAAGUCAUAACUCUACCAACUCUACUACUCACCUAAAGUCAUAAUUAAUCAUCUCCUCAAAAUGCCUAAGGCUGGCAACUCAGUGUAUCGAAAAUCACUGUUCCGGCGAAACCCCUAUCCAAAUCUUCUGGAACGGGCACCUCUCCCCGAUCUAGUAGCUUUGCAUGAAAAUGGAACUUUGUUCUCGAAUCCGAGGGUGAUGACUGAGAGGGCUAAAGAGGAGGAAGUUGCUCGGAUGGCAAACUCUACACCCAGGAGCAAGGUUAAUGUAACAGAGCCUCAUCCUCACCCUCGAGCCUCUGUUAUAGAAUCUCAAGCUGAAGAAGAUAAAGAUAAACUCCCCAAUUCACAGAGUGGACACUGCUGCUAUCCACAUCUCCCAGAAGACGAACACCGCACUUACUCACCUACUCCCUCAAGUCCCCAUCCCAACAUCCAGCAUAACCACUCACCGUCUGCAUCUCCAAACCUCUCCACGCAGACAAAAUCAAUGUCUCAUCACUCCCUUCGCCAACGAAGUCGCGGACUCCCCGAUCUCCGCGUCAUCACAUCACCUACUCGUCUAGCCCAGCUGAAAAACAGAAAUAUGAGUAAUAUAUUCAGGAAACUUCCUCUUCUUGAGUCAAAGCAAAGAGAACAGACACAAGAGCCACGAUUCCAAAACACCAUUUUUGAAUUUCAAACGCAAGGAAACAACUAUAGGAACCAAGGAAUGGAGUAUCAUAGCCAUAACAACCGCAAUCACCACGACCCCAACCCCAACCCUCCCAGAAAACAGAGAAAAAUUCGCUUGCGCACAGGUGUACCUCCUCAUCCUCGCACUCGAUUUUCGCUCGGAUCCAAAUCCUCAGAUCCAUCACAAUACAUAACUAAUCCCAACUCCACCCCCAUACCAAACCGAAGAACUAUUUCUCCUCGCCCCGUCUCCCCAUCUACUCUCUCGCCCUCCCUUCCACAACUCCUCCCACGCCCCCUCUCCAACCCCCUCACAUCCAUGCAAUACGUAUCCGCCAUCCUAUCUCUGCGGGCCUCGACGCGCAAUCUGCAAUAUUUUCCUUUACCGCCCGGCAUCCAACUUCUUGAAGAUUUUCCGCAGGGAAACGAAAAAGGGAAGAAGGGUAGUACGACGAGAGAGGAGCAGGAUAUCGAAUUCCUCGCGCUGCAGAUGGAACAGGUGGAAGAUGCGAUACGGCUUGAGGGGGCACCGGCGGAGGCAAGAGAGGUUUACUAUGCGCAGUUUGCGAGGGGGGAGUUUUGAGGAUCGAGAGGGAAAGGGGAGGGGUUUGGAUGGAGAGAGGAGGAAAAUGUUAGAGAGAGGCGGGGAGGGAAAGAAUAGAUGCGAUACUUUCGA